GAUAUUCUCCAAGAUCCUAGGAUAUCGUCUCUUUAAUUCAAAAGCAUUCAAUCAACCCGGUCGAUAGCCGUAAGAAUGAGUCUAUCAAAGAAGCAGAAAGCACUUCUCAAACAAAUAGAAGAAAUCACCAUCAAUGCGGCCGGUAUUCUUACUCUCGAGAAAGUUGAGGAGACCAGCAAGCUCUUCGUGAAAGACCUCCGGCCUGGAAGAGGGUUGAUAGGAACCAAAGAAGAAGAAGAGACAUUCGGAGCUAGAAAGAUCCCGAGUGCAAAACUUCCCACAGAACAAUCAUCAAGCCAGGUUGCGCACAACGAUGGCGAAGAAGACGAGGAUGCCGUCAGCGAUAUAGACAAUGUUGAACAAGGCCACAGACCUUACAAACCCAACAGACCACCGAGUUCAGUAGAGUCAGAAGGAGAAGAAAUCGAAGAGGAAGAAGAAGAAACCGCACGUUUUGACGAUAAACAUGUCCUUGUUAAUGGUAUCGUGUUUGGGCUUUGGGAUUAUCUGGGAUUUGGCUAUAUGGAUCACAUCAUGGAACUUUACGGUGUGGAACCAAUCCAGCAACCCCCGAACAUGAACAUAGUACUACACGAUUACCAGAGGAAAAUUGUUGCACAGACUCUAUUUUCUUUGAACUCCCCAUUUAGGGGUUUCAUGAAUGGAUCGGCCAUGGGCUUAGGUAAAACUAUCGAGGCCAUUGUUACUAUGUAUCAUAUGAAGGAUGAGCCGGGAAUGAGUUAUGUUGUCUGUCCCGCGGCAUUGUGCCCACAGUGGGUAAAGGCAAUCAACUCGUCCUGGAAGGAAGGCCACGGUCUAACAGCUUUUCAUUUACAUGACAGCAGUCUUACUGCACAUGAUGUGCAAGGCAUGGGAUGCCAUGUCUUGGUCAUGAGUUACAACUUUGUCGAGACCAAUAAACGCAAGCCUAAGAAUUUCGCGGGAGACAUCGCGCUGUAUGCAAAUGAUGGCAAGGCCACUCGACCGAAGAGACCAACUACGUCCAUCCAAAGUGAUAUGUGGCAUGAAAUCAAUUUACAGCCGAAGUUACUUGUCCUUGACGAAGCUCAAAUGGUUAACAAGCCAGCUUUAGCAUGGGCACGCGCGUUGAUGGCUCUAAAGGCGAAACGAGUUCUCGUGAUGAGUGGAACCUUGCCGCAUAACCGAUGGACAGACAUCUUUGGGUACUUGAACUUCUUGAAGGGCCACCCCUUCAAUACUCAAAGAGAAUUCCUUCGUGUAUUUGGGCUACCUGGUGAAAGAAAUACUAGCGCUAGGAAAUUGGCUUGCUUAUCAAGAUUCAUGCAGGCUUUCACCAUAGUACAUCCCUCCUCAAUCCUCAACUUGCCUCCAAUGAGUUCUUUCAGAAUAUCAUUUAACCUCCAUCCACAGGAGGCCGUGGCAGUUAAGGAGUUCGUGUUUGAGUACAAGAAAUGCGCCAUAGGAAAGCCAGAUGUGGUCAUUGAUGGUGGGGACAAAGAACAAGGCCUAGGACUGUUUACUUAUGCAAUCCAGGCGCAGGUGAAGGCUGGACAUCCCAUGAUGGGGGAAUAUCUAGCCGAGCGUUGGCAGCGUCUUCAUCAUCUGGAGAGCCUUCACUUCAAAGUUUUCUCAGGAGAAGAACUAGAUGACCAAAAGCCUGAAGAGAGAAAGGAUUGGCUCAAAAGAGUCAAGCGACGCCCAAACAUUGUAAAAGAAUCGGGUAGACUAAGCAAGUUGAUGGAACUUUACCGUCAUCUCACAAUCACCUACCCAGAACGAAAAAUGGUAAUGUUUAGCUGUUUCUUGAAAUUCCUCGACGUUGUGGAGGAAGGUCUUUUGAGAGAUUACAAAAUACAACCGUUGCGCUAUGACGGUACCACACCUACCGACCAGAGACCGAAAAUAGAAGAGGCUUAUGGUGAAUCAAAGAGCAAUGUCCCAUUGUUGAUGACUGCUGGAUCAAGCAGUAUUGGUCUAAACAUCACCUCCGCCUCCAUUGUUAUAAUGUGUGAGCCCUGGUGGAACAGGAACUUAGAGAAGCAAGCAAUCGCCAGAGUGUAUAGACAAGGCCAGCAAAAGAAUGUGCUGCUCUAUAGAUUUUUCGGGUUAAAUAGCGAAAUUGACCAAGAAGUCUUGAGUGUGGCUGAAGCAAAGGUCGCCGUCAAUGAAGACUUAAUGAAAGUAUUGAUCACGAAGCACAAUGAGCAACCCAAGUUCGACGAUAUCCUUACAACUCCACCUGUUCCUCAUGUCGAGUUCCCGGAGACAGCACCCAUUAGGAAAUGAAUAUUAAAAUCUGGACUCAGUUGAUGCGAGAUGACGUCGUGGAUGGAGAUGCGCUGGGGGCAGGGGGCGGGGAUCGACGUGGUCGAUUGUGGGGUUUUAACGUUGUGGUUGAAUAAUCGUUGAAAAUUCCCUA